UUCAUCCGGAACAGAUCGCUUGUCAGAGAUCUCUAAAAGAGCAUAGAAUCUCCCGAAAUGUGCAGCAAGUCCUUGUCCAUCUUUGUCCUCUUUUGGGGCCUCAUUGCCGGAAGUGCAGUGGAGCAGUAUGGAAACUACGGAAGUCCCUCAUCGAUUUCCACCACUCAGAGAAGCAACUCGGAGCUGCGUUGCAUGAAUAUCAAUCCCCAGAACUCGGUGGAUCUAGAGCAGAUAAUGGGACUCUGGUACGGCAGCGAGAUUAUUGUGCACAGCCAAGACUUUCCUGGGAUCUACGAGUACGAUUCCUGUGUGAUUAUCCAUCUGGCCGAUGUCACCGAACAGGUUCGUCUUACACAAGCCACCCGAGGUUAUGGCGGCUAUGGCGGAAAUCCGGAUUACAACCGGAACCAGAACACAUUUGGACGCACUACCACCACACCUUCACCUGCAUAUCUGGACAGCGAUGAAUACCACACAAGAUAUAACCAGGGACAGCAAAAGUACCUCCGUUUGGUGUGGAGCGAACGGGAUAACAACCUGGAGUAUACCUUCAACUACACCACCAGUGCCCCUGGGCAGUGGUCCAAUAUUGGUGACCAGCGGGGCUCUCUGGUCUCCCUGAACUCCUACACCCAAUUCACCGGCACCGUCCAAGUGGUCAAGGCCGUCAACGAUCAUCUCGUGCUCACCUUCUGUGGCAAUGAUGUAAAGAGCUCCAUAUACACCGUGGUGCUGACCCGCAAUCGUCUGGGACUCAGUUCAGAUGAGCUGCGCAGCAUCAGGAAUCUGCUUUCCCGCCGCGGCCUCUACACGGAGACCAUUCGCAAGGUCUGCAACGGAUGUGGGAGGUUGGGCGGCAGCCUCUUUGCCCUCUUUGGCCUGCUGAUGGCUGGACGCUUCUUCUGGGGGCGUAACCAAUGAUCGAAGAUCUCUCUCCAGACAGACAGCAGCGUUUUUGUAAUGAGUCCAGCCAUAAUAUGUUAAUUUAUAUUUAAAUUACUUAAGCAAUACAGAGGAAGAUAGAGAGAGAGAGGCGAGAUGCUCUCCCCCGAAAAAAAACAACUAACCAAAUCGAGCUGUACUCGCAGUGCUUCCGCUUUUAA